AUGGGAGAAGGUUCUCUGAGCAAGCAGGGUGCUCGGCAUAGGCAUGAGCUCCCAAACGAGGGAAGGCCCUUUGGUCAGCAUGAGUUCAUCAUCACAGACAACAUUUCCUUCAGUUCAUGGGAACCGGAAACAGAUUGUUGCUCCUGGGAGGGCGUCACAUGUAACGUCACCACUGGUUAUGUGAUCCGUCUCGACUUGAAUUUCAAGCUAUCAGGACCUAUCUAUUCCAACAGUAGCCUCUUCGGCCUCCAUCAUCUCCAAAGGCUCAGCCUUGCUUACAAUGACUUCAAGUUGGCUCCUAUCCCAUCUGGGUUUGAUCGUCUUCCAAGCUUGACACAUCUCAACCUCUCCUAUUCCAAUUUCUCUGGUCAGAUACCUUGGGAAUUCUCACGCCUAACAAGGUUGGUUUCUCUUGAUCUCUCCACCUUUGACUUCGACUACUACGAUUACUACUGCUACAACUUCAAUAUCUGUCAUCGUAUUCUAAAACUGGAAAGGCCAAACCUUAAGGAGUUGAUCCAGAAUCUGACAUCUCUUGUGGAACUAUACCUUGAUGGUGUAGACAUCUCUAGUCCUAGUUCUAGUCCUACACAGGGAAGCAACCAUCAUUGGUCUCAAGUCUUGCCGCAAUCACUUCCCAACCUUCGUUCAUUGAGUUUGUCUGGCUGUGGUCUUUCAGGUCCCAUUCAGUCUUCUUUCUCGCAGCUUGUAUUCCUCGAGGAGCUCCGACUUGAUGGAAACUAUAAUCUUUCUCUUGAAGUACCCAACUUCUUGCCUCCCAAUUUCUCUCAAUUGAAAACUCUUAGUCUAAGCUCUUGUGGAUUGUAUGGGAAGUUCCCCAGCAGUGUUUUUCAACUACCCAAUCUUCAGAUCUUUGAUGUAUCAAACAAUUCUCUCCUCAAUGGUCAAUUGUCAGAUUUUCCACUUAACAAUUCCUUUCAGUUCAUAUCGCUCUCUGACAUAAAUUUUUCAGGAGCGAUUCGAGAUUCUAUUGGAAAUCUUAGGUUUUUGACGACAUUACGACUGGGUAAUUGCAAUUUCUCCGGAUCUAUCCCACCAUCUCUAACCAAUCUCACCCAACUAACUGAGCUACACCUUUCCUCCAAUAGUUUUACCGGUUCAGUCCCUAUGUUUAAUAAAGACAAUGUUCCAAACCUUACAUAUUUGGACUUGUCUGACAAUCUUCUUGACGGGACAAUCCAUUCUUCUCUAUUUACACUCCCAUCAUUGUACGACUUAAAUCUAUUAAAUAAUCAGCUUAGUGGUCGACUUGAUCAGUUGUUUCAUAAUUCAUCUCUUUUAUCAUCAUCAUCAUUGGAAUGCAUGGAUUUGAGUGGAAACAAAUUGAAUGGACAAAUACCAAAAUCAAUUUCUCAAUUCUCAAGUCUUCAGUCCCUCUAUCUGAGCUCCAACGAUUUUAGUGGCACUGUAAAGAUGGAGGACAUGUUUGGGAACCUUGAGAACCUUUCGGUUCUUCACCUGUCAAACAACAACCUAUUGUCACUUGAAUUUGGCAACACUAGUUCUUCUUUUCAUCCUCAGCUUUAUGAAUUGCGGUUGGGAUCUUGCCACAUCAAAGAAUUCCCCAACUUUUUGAGAACUCAAGAGCAAUUGUGGGAAUUAGACCUUUCAAACAACCAAAUCCAAGGACAUGUACCUAGUUGGAUAUGGAAGGAGACUCUUAGUCUGGUUGAUCUUUCUUACAAUGGAAUAGUAGAUUUGGAACCUGCUUUUGCGGAUCAUUCAAAUAAUGAUUCAAACAACAAUUCCUUCCACUCUCGACUUAUUUUCUUUGAAAUUGAUUUCUUGCAAUUUGAGACCAUUCCCUGA